AUACAAUGAAUAAGAGAGUUAUAUGGCGGUGUUUGAGACGGUGGGUAGACGCGGUGCAGCCGCGGUAGGUGCAUGGUGGCGGUGCGUCCACGUACGGCCCACGUGGACACGCAGGUGGGACCCAGUACAGUUGUACCGUCUCCAGCUCUCCCUCCACGUCACCCUCUCCGCUCUAUCUCAUCAUUCGGAGGACUCACGCCGCCGCUGCCGCCUGCCCGUACGCAGGCACGAGCACGAGGCAGAGCUCCAGCUCCGCCUCCGCCUCCGCCUCCUCUCUCUCUAUACGCUUCGAGCUCCGGGAGGCCCCUUUCAUGGUUUCCUCCACCGUUCAUGGGCCAUGCCUUCCCUCUCCUUCCUCCGCUUCCUCUCCGGGAGGUCGCUCGCGGAUGUGUGUGAUGGGGUGAAGAGGAGGCUUGGAUUGGGGGAUGAUGAAGGCCGGGACGAGGAGGCUGGUCUGGCCGGAGGGUCGAGCCGUCCGGCGGCGGCGGCGGCGGUGGCGGGGCCUCCCGGCGAGUGCUACGCGUGCACGCAGCCCGGGGUGCCGUCGUUCCACUCCACGACGUGCGACCAGGUGCACUCGCCGGACUGGGACGCGGACGCGGGCUCGUCGCUAGUGCCGGUCCAGGCGCAGCCGUCGGCGGCGCACCACGCGGCGGCGGCGGCGGCGCGGUGGGUGUUCGGCCCGGUGCUCGACCCGCGGAGCAAGCGCGUGCAGCGGUGGAACCGGUGGAUCCUGCUGGCCCGCGCCGCCGCGCUGGCGGUGGACCCGCUCUUCUUCUACGCGCUCUCCAUCGGCCGCGCCGGGCAGCCGUGCGUGUACAUGGACGCCGGCCUCGCCGCCGCCGUCACGGCGCUCCGCACCGCCGCCGACCUGGCGCACCUCGCCCACGUCCUCCUCCAGUUCCGCGUCGCCUACGUCUCCCGCGAGUCCCUCGUCGUCGGCUGCGGCAAGCUCGUCUGGGACCCCCGCGCCAUCGCCGCUCACUACGCCCGCUCCCUCAAGGGCCUCUGGUUCGAUCUCUUCGUCAUCCUGCCCAUCCCACAGGUCAUCUUCUGGCUAGUCAUACCGAAGUUAAUCAGAGAAGAGCAAAUCAAACUUAUCAUGACAAUGCUGCUGCUCUUAUUCUUGCUGCAAUUUCUCCCCAAGGUGUACCACAGUAUUUAUAUCAUGAGGAAAAUGCAGAAGGUGACUGGUUACAUCUUUGGAACGAUAUGGUGGGGAUUCGGGCUUAAUCUUUUCGCCUAUUUCAUUGCUUCUCACAUCGCAGGUGGAUGUUGGUAUGUCCUUGCGAUUCAGCGUGUCGCCUCCUGCCUCCAGGAGGAAUGCAAGAUAAAGAACACUUGCAACCUAACAUCACUUGCUUGCUCCAAGGAGAUGUGUUUUCACCUUCCUUGGUCAGAUAAGAAUGGACUGGCAUGCAACUUGACUUCUUUUGGCCAACAAAACAUUCCAGACUGUCUAAGCGGCAAUGGGCCCUUUGCUUAUGGAAUCUACAAAGGGGCUCUGCCUGUUAUUUCCAGCAAUUCACUUGCUGUUAAAAUACUCUACCCUAUAUUUUGGGGACUCAUGACUCUCAGUACUUUUGGUAAUGAUCUUGAGCCUACAAGCAAUUGGCUUGAGGUGAUUUUCAGCAUAAUCAAUGUACUUAGCGGGUUGAUGCUCUUCACAUUGCUGAUUGGAAACAUACAGGUCUUCUUGCAUGCUGUCUUAGCAAGAAAGCGAAAGAUGCAGCUGCGGUUCCGGGACAUGGAAUGGUGGAUGCGGCGGAGGCAGUUGCCGUCCCGCCUGAGGCAGAGGGUCCGGAAGUACGAGCGUGAACGCUGGGCGGCCAUCACGGGAGAUGAGGAGAUGGAGAUGAUCAAGGACCUGCCUGAAGGGCUCAGGCGAGACAUCAAACGCUACCUCUGCCUCGAGCUAGUUAAACAGGUUCCUCUGUUCCAUGGCAUGGACGAUCUCAUCCUGGACAACAUCUGCGACAGGCUGAGGCCGCUGGUGUUCUCCAGCGGCGAGAAGGUGAUCCGGGAGGGCGACCCGGUGCAGCGGAUGGUGUUCGUCCUCCAGGGGAAGCUCCGGAGCACGCAGCCGCUGGCCAAGGGCGUGGUGGCGACGUGUAUGCUCGGCGCCGGCAACUUCCUCGGCGACGAGCUGCUGUCGUGGUGCCUCCGGCGGCCGUCCCUGGACCGGCUGCCGGCGUCGUCGGCGACGUUCGAGUGCGUCGAGACGGCGCAGGCGUUCUGCCUCGACGCCCCCGACCUUCGCUUCAUCACGGAGCAGUUCCGGUACAAGUUCGCCAACGAGAAGCUCAAGCGGACGGCGCGCUACUACUCCUCCAACUGGCGGACGUGGGCGGCCGUCAACAUCCAGCUCGCGUGGCGCCGGUACAAGGCAAGGACGACGACCGACCUGGCGUCGGCGGCGCAGCCGCCGUCCGCCGGCGGGCCCGACGACGGGGACCGCCGGCUCCGCCAUUACGCGGCCAUGUUCAUGUCGCUCAGGCCACACGAUCACCUCGAGUGAGAGCAGCCGUGGAUUGGGACCGAGAGUGACGGGGCAUAUGCAAUGCAACCGUACGCGCAUGGAGCGGACCACCCUGCGCCGGCCAUAUAUCAUUGAUUCCAUUGUAGUACGAUCGUAUCCUGCUGCCGGUCUUGACAAUUGAUUAGCAUUUGUCAUUGUAUAAGAUGACCAAUAAUGGUUAUGAUGUAGUUCCAACAAAAUAAUGCAAUGUGCUCCUUGGUUGGCGCCGCAAAUCGGAUCAUUGAGAAGGACAUCACUGGGAAUA